AUGACAACGGACAAGAUACGUGACCUACAGAAUCGACUCGAGACCAAUGAACAGUGUCUAAAGAAGGCGCAAAUGAUGCGUGCCAUGCUCAGGGAUCGUGCAGCUAUCGAGCAGUGUGAUAUUGAUAUCGAGGAUUACAAACGGCGUAUCGAGUACUUUAAGCAUGAACUACAGGCACGCACUUUUCCCCCGUCAACCGUAUCGCCUUCUCCUUCUCCACCCCAUCCAGCAUCGAAUGAUAUUGCAAGCUCUUCAAGUACACCCGUUGCUACUAUUGAAGAAACCAAUCAACGUAUCUCUGGACGAUAUACGACCAUCUUGGAUCUACUUACGAGCAGCACGCCCUAUCAUCGACACAAAGUAGCAUUCAAGUUGCAUCAACUUCAAUACAAGCUCAAUGUUGAAGAGAAGCUGUUGGCAGGAUACACACGCAUGGCUGAUGCGAUUCUUCCGACAAAGGGGUUCAUUCGACGUCCGAGCACCGAAAUCCAUACGCAAAUGCAAUGCACCAGUGAAAAAGUACGACUUUUGAAGCGUGCUUUAGCAAAAUAUGAGGAUCUUUAUAUUGAUGAUGAAGAUGGAGAUGAAACGAGUAGCAAUGACAGCAUGGCCGUGAAUCACCUUCAACCUGCCAUCCGGAAACCCGUAUCUGGGUUAUUGCAGCUCAAGAUCCUUCAGGCUCGUGACUUGAGCCAUGUGCCAACAAGCGUGAUAAAGUCACCAGCUACUGUGGUGUGUGUCAAGAUUGACCGCCAAGUCGUUCAUAAAACACGUCCACGCAACGAGGAUUGGUUUGAAGAUUGCGAAGUGCAUGUAUCAGAAGGAUCAGAAUUGGAAAUCGAGAUAUUUGACCAAGAAAGUGAGAAGCGACGUGUACCGAUUGGCGUAUUAUGGAUCAGAAUCACGGAUCUUGUGGAAGCAUUACGUAAACGACGACCCCACCGCCUUGAUAACAGUUCUUGGAUGCUUGCACAACCAUCAACACCAUCAGCAGAUAAUAACAACAACAAUCCUCUUCCUUCAACCGCUUCACGUCCAUCACCACCUGAUACACCUCGUCACAAACCCACCGCUACUUCAACAAAUCCAUCACAAACAUCCAUCAUUGAAUGGUUUGAAGUAGAGCCAUGUGGCGGUCUCGCACUACGAAUGAAUUUUGUACGUCAACCAGCAAGGUUUCGCCCUCGAGAUCGAUUGGGUCGUGCAGGUGCUCUUCGUUACCGACAAGGGAAGAGGAUAUUUGAUUUGAAUGGCCAUCAUUUUGCGGAGCAGCGAUUUUACAACAUUAUGAAAUGUGCAUUGUGUAAUGAUUUCCUUGUCAACAGCGGAUUUCAAUGCGAAGGAUGUCGGUACAUGUGUCACAAGGAAUGCUACACAAAGGUCAUCACGCGCUGUAUUCGCCUUUCACAUUUGACAACGGAAUCGGAUGAGGAAAGUCUUAAUCAUCGUAUACCCCAUCGGUUUACUCAAGUCACCAAUAUUGGAGCCAAAUGGUGUUGUCAUUGUGGUCAUGUUUUACCCUUGGGAUCACGCAGCACACAAAAAUGUUUGGAUUGUGGUGUCACUUGUCAUACGCGUUGUGUUCGUCUCGUACCUGAUUUAUGUGGAUUAUCGAUUGAUACCGCCAACCAGAUGCUCGCUGAGAUUCAUGCAGCAAAGAAACAGCAUUCUCUUGAACGUGAUGAUACGUUUUCUUCAAAACCAGAGACUUCAGAUUUGGAAACGGUGGAUUCUUUAUCCGUCCAAGCAUCUAUCACCGAUCCUUCUCAUCUUGAAAGACGUCUUUCAGCAUGCAAUCUAUCACCCAUGGAUACAACAACCAUCAUUGACAAUAAGGAUGCUUCUUUGUAUGAGGAGGAAGGACACUUGACAAUGGAACCUGCUCGUUCUCGUGUUUCCUUGGAUGAUUUUUCAUUACUCAGAGUCAUUGGACGAGGCAGCUUUGGCAAGGUCAUCUUAACACGCAAUCGUAAAGACAGCCGCCUGUAUGCGAUCAAAGUACUCAAGAAGCGAGCUGUUGUUGAUGGUAUUGGGGAUGCAGCUGGUAUUGAUGGUAUUCGAAUUGAGAAGCGUAUCUUUGUUACUGUCAGUCGAUAUCGACAUCCUUUCUUGGUGAAUAUGCAUUCAUGUUUCCAAACCGAGGAUCACCUAUUCUUUGCCAUGGAGUAUGUUUGUGGCGGCGACUUGAUGAGCCAUAUCCAACGUGAGCGCUUUUCGGAUAGGAGAGUCAAAUUCUAUGCAUGCGAGGUUUUGUUGGCACUGGAGCAUUUCCACAAGCUGGGCAUUAUUUAUCGUGAUCUGAAACUUGAGAAUGUGCUAUUGUGUGAGGAUGGCCAUAUCAAGCUGGCCGAUUAUGGCAUGUGCAAAGAUGACAUGUGGUAUCGAUCAAGGACGAAUACGUUGUGUGGUACACCGGAAUCCAUGGCACCAGAGAUUUUACUUCAAGAAGGAUAUGGCCGUUCAGUGGAUUGGUGGGCCUACGGCGUGUUGAUUUACCAAAUGACAUUCAGUCAAUCGCCCUUUAUGGGAGAAGAUGAUGAUGAUGUCUUUGAUGCUAUUUUGGGUGAUGAUCUUUGGUUCCCUGCUCAUACCAAUCCCAAGAUUCGAUCCAUAUGCGAGCAGCUUUUAUCACGUGAUCCGGAACAACGACUUGGUUCAAGCCCAGGAGAUGCCUCUGAAGUGAAGCGGCAUAUUUAUUUCCAUGAUGUCAACUGGGAGGACAUGUUGGCUCGACGUAUUCCUCCACCUUUUGUUCCAACAGUGCAAGGCGCUCUUGACACAUCCAACUUUGACAAAGAAUUCACACAAGAGAUACCCACAGUGACACCCGUUGAAAAUCCAUUAUCAGCAAAUGAGCAAGGAGAUUUCAUUGGAUUCUCUUUUACAGCCGAACCUUGUUGGUAG